GCUCGUUUCCGGUGUAGGGACGAAGGCUCCGUGUGAACCGCCGGGCUCGGUAUUCCGUUCCGCCCCUCUGAGAAAACAAAACGCAGUGGCGGCGCUGGUAGGACCGCCGGGAGGCCUGCGCUCCGAUUCGGGAUUCACACCGGGCGAGGCUUGAACCGGUGCUCGACACAGUCACCAGGAAGACGGAGUGAGAGCAGUGCCGGUGCUGUUCCUAUGGAGGCCGAGGUGCAGGACCCUAACUAUUGAAGAAUAAGAGCCCAAAAAAAAUGGAAGACUGUCUUCACACGUCUUCAGAAAAUCUGUCCAAACUUGUUAGCUGGGCUCACAGUCAUGGAACCAUCUGCAGCCUCAUUCCAAACCUGAAGCACUUAUUGACUGAAGGGGCCCAUGGAAACCUCACUGCAAUGUGGGGUUGUGGUGCUGGCCACGCUUACCAUUGGCCAUUGGCUGUUACUUGCAGGGCAGGUUCCCAGGACAGAGUGUGCUUUCAGGACAGUAGAAGCUUUAAUUCUGAGAGCCCCAGCAUAAUUGCAAUGUCUUCAGAGUCUCAACAAAACCCAGCAGAGAAGUAUCUUAAUAGACCCUCAAAAGGAAAGGCCGAGUGUCCCCGGACUAGGGAUUCCUGUGACUUUUCGUACAGUGAACAUUCUGAGAUUGACGAAAAUGUUGAAGAGUAUGAUGAUGAAGGUGAUUUGUUUCAUAUGGCAUGUGAGUCUUCAGUGACGGAUGAGGACAGUGACUAUGAUUCUCAGCUGCGAAACAACUCACUGAAAAGGCGGGAAGCUGGUCCUUCGCUUUUGCCAGAUUCACCAAACCACCAUGCUAAUGAGAACAGUAAUGAGGUGAUUGUUAAAAAGAUCAAGCAGGAGGGUCCUGAAGACUAUUACAUUGUGACGAAUGCAGAAAUCUCUAUGGACAACGAUAGUUCAUCUGUUGCAUUGAAGUCUGGGUCGAAGUCUGGGUCAAAGUCUGGUCCUGCUUCCUAUUUGGGUCCUACCAAGUCCUCAGCUCUCCUUCCUGCUGGCCACAUGCCAGAAAAGAUUGACUCACAGGGUAUUUCUGUCAUUCCACCUGCCUCCACUCGGGUAGUGGGUACAAAAUCAGGACGGGGUUGCACGACUUCACAGAAGAAGCUGAAUGGAGGUCAAGGAACUGGGCAGAAAUUAGUUCUACAGAUGCCGGUCAGCACAUCAGGAGGAAACCAGCAGAUCAAUAUCCCACUCUCGGCCCUCCAGCUUCCUGGCCAAGAAGAGCAGAAUGCUUCUGAAGACGUAGGGGCACAAAUGGUGAAGACUGGGGCUUCCAGUGAGGUUUCCUUGUCUCCAUCUGUCAGUGCUGAACCUGAAGUCAGCUCCAGUCAGCAACAGUCGAGUGUGCCCCAAUCUCUGGUCAAAGAUGCCAGUGGCCAAUCAUCAGCAACAGGAGCCCAAAUACCCGAUAAUAUCAACAUAAAUGCAGAAGCCUUUUCUGGAAAACUCAACAGGUUUCCAACGUUUGAUGGUGAACUCAAGGAGCUCUGCACCAGUGCAGUCAGUGCAAACACCACAAAGGCGACGCUGUAUUCACUGAAUGUGUGGCGAUACUGGUGUGUGACACGAGAGCUGAAGCAAUACAUGGACAUUACCAAGAUUCCACCUGCGAAGCUCAAUGAGCUACUGGAGGACUUCUAUGUGACUGUGAGGAAGACCGAUGGCUCUGACUUCCUGGCCACCUCCCUCCACGCUAUCCGUCGUGGCCUGGAUCGUGUGCUGAAGAACGCUAAUGUGGGUUUCUCGAUUGGAGACGCUGGCUUCAAGUCCUCCACCCAAAAGCUGAAGGACAAACUGAGGCAGCUGAACAAGGCGGGCAUGUCAGGCUCACGAUCCCGCAACAUCAUUUACUUCUCGGGCCAGGACGAAGAGGAGAUGUGGCAGGCCGGUUACCUGGGCGAUGCCAACCCUGUGGCUUUGUUAAGCGUCGUGGUGAAGUUCAACAGCCAGUACUUCAACAUGAGAACCCUGCAGGAGCACGUGGACCUCAUGUAUGGAGACAUUGAGCUGCUGAAGGAUACUGAAAAUCGGCCCUUCUUUGCUAGGACUGACAUGGUCAAACGAGAGAACAAGGUAUGCAGCAACAAGCUGUGCUUUGGGCAAAUCUACCACGAGCACUCGGAAGGACUGAAGAGGUGUCCAUAUUGCCUGCUGUAUAAAUACAUGUACACCCACCGGCCUCCGAGCCAGCGGGAUCCCAAGUCACCCUUUUACCUCGUGGCCAGGAAAGAUUUCUCGCAGUUGGACAAUGUGUGGUUUGAGGAGCAGCGGAUGGGCCUUCGCUCCCUCAGGGCUGUGGUCCCCAAACUAGCAAAGAAGGUCAGGCUCGAACAAAGUGAGAGCUUCACCUUUGUGUCCUUCACACAAGCCUCGCUUCUUAAACCAGGAAAGUUCCUAUCUACCAGCAGCUGAAAAAAGACUGCAUCUUUUAGACCAAAAGAUUGUUUAAAAUGUACAGCUUCUAGCAAAGGGGGAGAAAUAGUGCAAAUAGAAAUCGAAAAAAAAUGUGCUGUUAUUCAAACAGGGGUAAUAGUUACUCAUUUAAUCAUUCAUAAUCCUUUGUCAAAGUAUUUUCAUUACACUUUUCAGAAAAUAAAGUCUUGUAAUUUAACCUCUGUAUUAAAAAAAAUUGUAAACUAUUGUUUCAGGAAUUGGGUGAGAACGGGAAUUUAUUGCUAAAUAGUAGGUGAGUGGUGCAGAAAUGUGUGCUUUUAAUUAAACUAAAAUUUAACCUUGUUUUCUUACUGUUCAGGAGAGAAAGAAAACUAGCUGCCAAUAAACGGUCAAUCAGGCGUGAGUCCCUGUCUAGGUAUGCAGAGUAUUGUGGCUGCAAGUUAACAUCAGCUGUAAUGCAUGUAUUUCUGAAGGGGUAAGUGCCAAAACACUGAGCCUGGAGAGCAGAAUUCACUCAGAAUUAGAUCAGUCCAAGUGGCACCUCUACCCUAAGUGCAAUGCUGGGAAUUUGGUCAGAGUGGGAAUUUGGUGCAGAAAGAGAAGGACAGACAGAAAAAAAUACUGUCAUCAGGACAAUACCAAAUAGGUAAAUAAAUAAGUCUUCAGAGUUCAUAAUUAGAUCUAAAGGGAUAAUGUUAAAAUGAACAAUGCAGAUACCAAAAUGGAAGAGACUGAAACUGUUGUAAAUAAAUAAUUGAUAUGCAUAUCUGAUAAGCAGGGGAUACGAAAGUAAAAUCGUGUGCACAGGCGACCUAAUAUAUAUCUUCCAAAUACCCGCUGAUUGCACCCAUCUCUGCACCAGCUCUCUUUAACCAUCUUCAUCAUCGCCGCCAACGCCACUGUCUUUGAUCCCCAUGGCGAACUCCAUUCCAUGUCAGCUGACUCCAUCCCUCUUCCUGGUCAAAGGUCAUCCAUGACUUCUGUGGCACAUUUAACCCUGAUAUGAACUCCUAACCAGCACAGCCUCUCCACCAAUAAAAUGUCACCCACCUCCGACCUGUCUAAGCUCCUGUGCUUCUGAAACCCCCAGCCAAUCCUGUGUUACCUCUAGACUUGAUAAUUCCCAUCUUAUUUAGGUCAACCCCUGAGGCUGCAUAAUCUGAACUCCCCCAAAACUCUGCUAAUUGUAUUCUACCUUGUAUGCAGUCCUGUUUGCCCAUUGCCCCCACCCCCCCGAGUUUGUUGACCUACACUGGAUCACGGUUUGCUUCAACCUCGAUUUAAAUAUUUUCAUUGUGUUUGGCAUUGCCCUUCCUUGAUUCUGUAAUAUCUUCCAGUCCCACCAUCUUUAGAUUUCUGUCUUACUUCAGUUGUGGCCCAUUGCACUUGCACAAUUUUAGUUUCUAUCCCAUUGCAGUUGUUCCUUCAAGUCACUGAACUGGAGGUCCUGGAAUUCCUGUGUAGGCCUCUCGACCUCUUUUCCCACUGUUCCUCAUUCAGAAGCUCUUUACAAUCUACCUCUCAGAUCAUGCCCUUGAUCACCUUGCCUGAUGCUUCUUUUGUGGGUUUGCAUGAAAACUUGUUGGAUAAUUCUCCUAUGAAGCACCUUGGGACAUUUUACUCCUUUAAAAGCAGUACAUAAAAGCUAUUUGUCAUUGUAGGUGAACAUAUACCAAAAUAAAGAAGGACCUGAUGUCCUUUUCUGCAAUUUCUCUGUUAUGUGGGAACUCCAGGACCCUUGAUGUCCAACAUAACCACACAUGUGGAGAUUGCUUCCAGCUGUUUGAGUUUAAAUCUGUUUUUUUGCAAAUUCAUUCACAGGAUAAGGGCAUCACUGGCUAGGCCAGCAUUUAUUGCCCAUCCCUAAUUGCCCAGAGGGCAGUUCGAAGUCAGUAGGCCAGACCAGGUAAAGAUGGCAGUUUCCUUCCCUAAAGGGCAUUAGUGAACCAGGUGGGUUUUUCCUGACAAUUGGCCAUGGAUUUGUGGUCAUCAUUUGACUCUUAAUGCAAGAUAUUUAUUGAAUUCAAAUUUCACCAUCUGCCAUAGCAGGAUUCGAACCCAUGUCCCCAGAACACUACCUGGGUCCCUGGAUUAGCAGUCCAGUAUGAUAUUACCACUAGGCCAUUGUCUCCCUCUAUUGCAGUGUAUGGGAGGCUGAUAAUUUACUGGAGCACAUGUUGCCAGAGGUCAUCACCCCACAGUUCUGGAGUUUGGAGGCUGCACAGAGGUUGGCUGAGAGGGAAUGUGGUCAAGAGCAGACCUGGCAAUGCCAUGGCAUGGCAUACUUGACAAAACAAAGAAGAGUAGAAGUCAAAGGGAAAGUUCAUGGGCUAAUUGGACUGUCCUACAGCGAAGCAGCCGAGACUCAAGGACUGAAUGGCCUCUUCAUAACUCUAAAUUAUGUCAUUAUGGGGGAUAUGUUAGUCAGGCAGAUGGUCCACGUUAGAGCCAGUAACAAGUAGAGAAAGAGAUCCUGGAGACAGAGUUUCAGAAGCAAAUCAGUUUUGUUGCAGGGUAACAUGUUGUGGAGUUUCCUCAACACUGAUGUGACUGUCCUGCCAGGUUAUCCCUUUCCCUCUUUUGUUUAGCUGUGUAAUUAAAAUGCAUUCCAUUCAGACUUGGUGACUUUUCUACUUUGAGAAUUAUCCACCAUUUUAGUACUUCUUAAAAAACCUAUUUUCAUUCUAUCCAAUUUCUCUACCAUUUGCUUUACUAAUGUCUUGGGCGGCAGCAUCCUUUUCAGUUUUAAAUUUAGUAUUCAUUUAGUAUACCCUGUGCUUCCACACAAAGGUCUCCAGCUUAGCCACGAAUACACCUGCUGCACCCUUCCUUUUGACUACAUUUUGAUUAUUGAUAUGUCAUAGAGUCAUUGACAUGUACAGCAUGGAAACAGACACUCCGUCCAAUUCGUCCAUACUGACCAGAAUGUCCUAAAUUAAUCCAGUCCUAUUUGCCAGCAGUUGGCCCAUUAUCUCUCUCAAAGCUUCCUAUUCAUUAUACUCAACCAGAUGUCUUUUAAACCAUGUAGUUGCACCAGCCUCCACCACUUCCUCAGGCAGAUCAUUCCAUUCAUGCACCACUGAAAAUGUUGCCUCUUAGAUCCCUUUAAAAUCUUUUCCCCUUCCAUCGUAAACCAAUACCCUCCAGUUUUGAACUCCCUUACCCUGGGGAAAAGACCUUGUGUAUUCACCCUAUCCAUGCCCCUCAUGAUUUUAUAAACUUCUUUAAGAUCACUCCUCAGCCUCCAACACUCCAGGGAAAAUAGCCCCAGCCUGUUCAGCCUCUCCCUGCAGCUCAAGCCCUCCAACCCUGGCAACAUCCUCGUAAAUCUCUUUUGAACCCUUCCUAGUUUCACAACAUCUUUGUUAAAGCCAAGAGAUCAGAAUUGAAGGCAGUAUUCCAAAAUCAAUGUUCUGUACAGCUACAACAUAACUUCUUAACUGCUGUAGUCAGCUUAUGAAAGACAUUUAUGUUCACUUUUAUGCUAUGCAUUGAUCUAUUCUACAAUUGCCACUCAUUUCCUUGUUAAUUUUCCUUUGGACUUAUAUUUCUUGUGUUCAGUUUUGUUCUGUCGAGAAUUAUGAGCCUGACAUUUAGUGCGAACAACCUCCUUUUUCUGUUUCAUUUUAAUUUCUGCAUCUGUGGUCAACCCAGGGAGCUCUCGUUUUGGAUGGCAUUCAUUUUCCCCUCAUGGGAAUGUGUCUUGCCUGUACUGGAGCCAUCCUGUCUUUGAUAAGCACCUGUUGCUGAUUUCCUGUUUCACUUGCCAGUCUUCGAUUCCAAUCCAGCUACGCCUGUUUUUUUUAAUAACUCAAUGAAAUUCUGCAGCUCCCAGUUAAUGAUGUUGCUUCUGAUUGUUCCAUUGUUUGAAAUCUAAUGACAUCGUGAUCACCCUUUUCAAAAUGUUUUACUGCUGAAAAUCACCCACUUGGUCCACCUCACAGUCCAGCAAGUUAAUUUGUAUGCAUUUUGGGAAUCCUUGCCACUCUGCACAUUCGACCAGUAUAAUCUCAGUCUAUGGCAGGAUAUUUGGUAUUGGUUCUUUCUGCCCCAGAGUGAUUCCCAGUCCCGCAGGAAAAUGAUACUUGCAGUUCUGUUCAUAACUGGAUCCCUUCUCCUUUUGAUGUAUAUCAUUGAUUUGUACUUGGUUACAGAGAAUAUCGUUUCAAGCUUUGCAAGUGACCCAAAACUGAAAUCUAGUAGACAGCACAGAGAAUGGAAACAGUCAGCACAGCAAUAUAGAUGAAUGAAAUGGACAGACGUCUGGAGGUGAAAUUCAAGACAGUCAUUUUGAUAAAAAUACUGAGGACAGACAAUGUAAAAUAAAUAUUACAAUUCCAAAGGGGGUGCAGGAAUUGAAAGAACGGUGGGUGCACAUUUACAAAAGCAUGAAGGUGGCAAGAUAGGCUGUAAAGACUGUUUAUAAAGGCAUUCAGGAUCCUCAAUUUUAUAGAUAGAUGCAUUAAGUGCAAAAGCAAGAAAGUCAUGCUGAGCCUUUCCAAAUCACUGGUUAGGCCCCAGCUGGAGUAUUAUGGCCAUCAUGAAUGAAUGAAUGAAUGAAUACAAUGAACAACUUCUGAGGAUUUUAGGACGGACAUAAGGCCUCAAGGGUACUGAGGAGACUUGUUGGAAUAUUAACAUAUGCGAGACUUCAGUUAAAUGGCAACAUUAAGGAAACUGGGUUUGUUCUCCUUAGAGCACCAGUAUCACUAUCAGUAAUGACAGGAUGCAGGUGAUGGCUAACUUGGCAGAAGUGAGUGGUAACAAUGCAGCAAGAGAAGAACUGGCCCCCACUGUCUAAAAAGGGCAGUAGAAGCAGAUUCACAAUUAAUUUUCAAAUGAAAUUGAAUAAAUGCUAGGAAACUACAGCAUUACAGGGUUAUGGGGAAAGGGCAGAGGGGAGACUAAUUGGCUAGCUCUUUCCAGGAGUUUAGAUUGACAGAUGGGCAGAUUUGCCUCCUUCUGUACUGUAUAAUUCUGUGAGGAAGAGAAAACACUGGACCAAUAGAAAGUUUUCAUAUUCUCUGUUCACGGAAAUUAUUGUGAACUUGUAUUUUCAUUUUACUGUAGAAUGCCACUGUAGUCCUUGGGUUCAUGACUAUUAAAACUACUUUGUUCUCA